AGCGAUUUCUACUAUAAAACUCAUAUUUACCUUUGACGGCUAUCCCAAAAUCAGAUUAAGAGAUAGUGAUGUGUUGCGCCCUUUUUUUUUGUUUUUUUUUAAAAAAAAAGUUUCUGUUCUUUUUUCUACUUAACAUAGUCAAAGUAAACGAGCGUGCAGACUGAACAAAUUCGGUUACUGCAACACUAAAAAAGGUGCUCUAACAAAGCCGGUGAUAACACAUAAACUCUUAGGAAUCUGUACUCGCUGAAAAGUAAGGUUAAAAAAAAAAGAGGAAAGGAAUACAACUAGUUUCUAAGUCUUUCUCCUAUCCAAUCAUUUUUGGCGACUACCGAUCUUUCUUUCAUUUGAUUUUUAAUUUCUUUUCAUAAUGAACUCUGAGAAAUUACAUGAUCCAGAAAAACAAGCAAUAGCACCUCCCUCUGAAACAUUUCGUUUAUUAGAUUCGAAUUCUUAUUCACAAACAACUAUUAAUCCAACAGCCAAAUCUCACAUUGAAAUCAAAACCAAAGAUGAUAUUAAUGGAAACUCUUCUACCCAUAAUACUCGUAGAAUACCAAAUUUCGUUUUGCUGAUUUCUCUAUUUUUAAACGUAUUCCUCGUUGGUUAUUUUUUUGCAAUCACAGGUUAUGCUUACGUUGAUGAUAAAUCUCAGACUAUGAAUAGAGUGUUUCAUAUUACCGAUUGGAUUAUUAAUAUUACAUUUCAGCCUUUAUACGAAUCAUUUUCAGACAUUUUCGGAAGGCGAGCAUGUUUAUUGACAGCAUCCGGAUUGUUCUGUCUUGGUUGUCUAUGGAGCGACUUUGCUAAUAGGUUCAUUUCUCAAAUUUUUGCAAGCACAAUUAUGGGAAUUGGAUGAGGAGGAUUGAUUACGCUGACGAAGAUUAGUAACUCGGAUAUCAUUCCGGCAAGAAGGCGAACAUUAUUUUUAACACUAUUUUUUUCGGUUAUGUUAAUUUUAUUUAGCCUCUUUUGUUGCAAACUUUUUGAAGGUUUUAGUUUGAGAUUUUGUUUUCUCAUGCAAGUUCCUUUCUCAUUUUUAAGUAUUGCCCUGAUGUACUUUUGUGUAUAAAAUCAGCCAGGCUCCACAAAACCUCAUCACUAUCGAAAUCAUUUAAAAAAGGUUUAUGUAAUACGCGGAUUGCUCUGGGUUUCUUGGUUGACAGCUUUGUUAAUAAUUGUGACCUUUGUUAGUACAGAAUUUAUUGAGACUUAUCGAGUCUUAGGAAUUUUAUAUUGGUUAGGGUUAAUUGUUUCUAUAAAUGUAUAUAGAUGAUCGAUCCCGAUGUCACGCCGAGCCAAUAACCUCAUUGAUUUUACUUUAAGCACAUACAGUACCCUUGUUUUGACGACUGGAGUUUUCGCUGGAAUAGCAAGGUAUGCUUGUUUAUUUACGAUUCUAUUCUUUUUUAAAACUGAUACUAGGGCGUAGCCCUUCCAAAGCCGGACUUCGUCUUGCUUUCCUUCUCUACACCUAUGGGAGGAUUGAUUUGUGGUAUUCUCAUGUACCAACAUGUUUGUGUAGGACGUCUACUAUUUUUUGGGAGUGUUUCUCAUGGCUUUAGGAUAUGUGCUUAAUUUGUUUAUUUAUCCUGGCAUAUCACCAAUACUACUGUGUCUAUUUUUGAUUCCAACCAACGUUGGGCAAGGUAUAGGAUUUCCAAGCUCGUCAUUUUCAUUCAUUUUUGCGUUUUCUCAAGACUCAUAUGCUAUAUUUACGUCUACGCUUUAUCUAAUUCCACUGUUUGACGUAUCAUCUCAAUCAACUCUUAGGAAAAAAGAAGGAAAAAACCAUUUACUGGCUUGUCAAAAUUCACUGAUCUAAAACAAGAUUCGAUGUAUGUCUUCUUAAUAUGAUUUACCACAUCCGAUUCAUAGGACUGUAUUAGGUGAUUUAUACAUUUGUCAUUCAAUUGCCAACACAGUUUACCACGACUUGCUGCAUCAUAGCUCUUUCUUUAUAUGUAUAAUUGAAGAACAUAAUAAAGCAUGACGCAUUUUGGAUUUCGCGGCCAGUCUUUCAAGUCGAGCAGCAAUGACAAGAAAGGAAUUGUGUAAUCAAUAAUGCAAGUAGGGACUAGAAAAUAUAAUAUAACAUACCUCGCUCACUACUUCGCUAACCUGAUAAGCUAUAAAAACAGGAGCUCGCAGAGUACGUGAAUUGAUUGAAUCAGCUACGAAUUCUGCCACUCAUGAUACAUCUCUAUAGCUCUUCCGUGCGCAAUAUGAAUCACAGUUGGCAGAUCCUGGACUUUUCAGGUGGCCAUUUGUGUAGAUUGCUUAUAUAGUAUAUAGCUGCUUGGAAGGGAGAAGAAAGCCCACGGUUAUUGUAGGCUAGUGCUUCACUAUACUAGUUUUACCUUGAACUAACCCUAAAUUUAUCAGAUUUUAAGCAGAGUUAAUCUCUAAUAAGAGAAAAAUUUGAUCCAAGAUACUGUGUAAGUAGUCUUUAUCACAGGUUACAGUGACACUUUCAAGGUGAAACUACUCAAGAAAAUACCAGCAAAAAAAGACCGUAACGAGUUUGGGUUAGUGAUGAUGGA